AUGAGUUCUGGAGUGAACAUAAAGACAAUGUCUUCAAGCAGCUCUGGUAUUCCUCUGCCAAGGAGUCUGACCAGCCUCUCCAAGCAUGACACCAAGUGCUUGAGCAGCAGUUUACUCAGUCCAGCUGCCCAGAUACAUCAGGGUGGACAAACAUCCUCAAUCUCUUACUCAACUUCAACCAUACUUUCUCAAUCAGUCUCUUAUGAGUUACCCAAAGGGACAGAGUUGAAGAUUCAGCCUUCACAGAGAGCUCAAUGGACAUCCAAUGGCUUAAACAGGGCUUCCUUUGCUCCCCGAUCAGCCCAUAGUAGCCGACAUGUGCCCAAAAGAGAGGUUCUCCCAUUUAAAAGAAUGCAGGACCUACAAGGGGGCUCAUUACCCCAAGAUAACUUUAGAGACCUGGAUAGACAUUCCAACAAGAACUGGAGAUCUGGGCAUCACCAAUUUAGGAGUCUAGACAAUGGGCUUGUUGAGCCUUCUGGUAUAUUGUCUAAAGCACACCAAAGUAAGGAGGCCCAUCAGAAGCUAACCAAUGGGAAUGUCAUAUGGGAAACAUCAACUGGAAUUCAACGGUGCUUACAAAGGCAGCAAAUGAAAAUGUCGUCCCUUGGAGUAGGAGAUGUCAAUAUGAUUGCUUCUAAAUCCCAGGUCACCAUUGCAAAAGCACAUCCUGCAGGCAGGGAGUCUCCUCGCAUGGCGGCCACGCCGCCUUUCAGAUUCAGGUUGCAGGUUCCAGAGGAUGCAGAUGAGUCUUCUCUUGAGAAUGUGAGUGACUGUUCCUCAGACUCUAUGGAAGUCUGCUGUGAAGAUCUUGUGUGCUAACACGGCAACCUCCACCACCCCACCACCACCAGUUGAGCCCUGUCCUGCACGAGGGUAGGCUCCUCGCCCCUGCCUCCUAUCUCCGGC